AUGUUAGAAACUAGUGAAAUAGAUGCUGAUUUCUUUACUCCUGCGGCAAACACCUCUUUGGCCACAAUAUUCAGCAAUACUCAAACAGAUCGAAAUGAUGAAAAUAAAUCAUUGAUAUAUGUUCCUGAAACUCCAAUGGCACUGGUAGAAAAUCAUAAAAGUGCUGGUGAUGUGCACAAAGAAACAUCAGCAUCACAAUGUCUUUUUGCUACUUCAGUAUCAGCAUAUGAAUGGGUAGAAAAUAAGUAUAACCUUCGUGAUAAAUUGGGUUUUGCCAUUGUCAAAGAUAUAAAGGAUGAUGUUCAUAGCCUCAUUAUUUACACAUCUGAAAAAAGAACUCUAUCUCUAGCAACUAUAACAUCAAAAUUUGUAAUUAAUGUUCAAAAAGAUGUCAACAUAUCAUACUAUGACAAUUAUAAUAAAUAUUGGCUUAUUUCCUCCGCAGCUAGUAAAAUUUCUGACAUAGUGAAGUGUUUAGAAAACUUUAAAGUCAAUGUGACAUAUUUAAAUGAUGCAGAAAUUUCUUCACCCAAAGAUGUAACAGAAACAGUGCCUGACCAACUACCUAAUGAAAGUUUAGAUAUUGAUACUGACAGUUUAACAAAUCAAAAAAAAGACUCUAUUUUGAAAAGAAUGGCAACAAUGGGCCAAUCAGUUUUGCCUCCAAGUAACAAUAUUGUUUCUAAGUCCACUGAUUCCUCUGAUACAAAUGACUAUGAUCAUCCUUCAUUACCAAGGCAUAAGUCUGUAAAAUCAUUGCCCAAGAAACAUUCCACAGAGAAGAAUGCAUAUUCAGGAAAACAAUAUAAUAAUGAGUUAAGUAAAAUAUUACCAAACACAUUAAAAAUCCAAGAUUCAAUAAUUCCUGUAAAUGUUAAAAAGUUUGAAUCAUUCUAUGAAAAUAAUAUGCACAGUUUAAUCACAGAACAAAGAAUAAGUAACAGUGAAUUAAGAAUAAAUAUAAAUAGAUUAUCAGACAAAGUUGACCAUUUAUGUGAUAAGACAUUGAGUGGAGGUAUUCAAUCACAUUCAUUAAACAAUCAAAAUGAAAUAGUUGACAAGUUGUUAAAAGAAUAUGAGAGUAAAAUUUUUGUAUAUGAAAAAUUUAUUAAAUUAAAAGGCUUUGAAUGCAAUUUAUUGUUUACAAAUGAAAAUGAACCAUCCUCAUCAGUGAAAAUAGACAGUAUCGUCGAAACAGAGAAGGAUAAAGAAAAUCAAGCCCUAGAAAUUAAUGAACUAAACAAAAAAAUUGAUCUCCUCACAAAUGCUUUUUCUCAAAUGACUGAAAAACAUAAACAACAUGAAGAGAUUUUACUAAAAGAAAUAUAUACUUUGAAACAAGAUCUAAAUGAUAAGAAUGAAAGUUUACACACAAUUAGUAAGAGUGUUCAAAGUAUUGCAGCCAAUUCAAAUUCAGAAGAGUAUAGUAACAAACUUAAAAAUAUAAUGAAUAGUACUUUUCAAACAAUAUCAUCCAAAUUCAAUGAUGAGGAUAGUUAUUUAGGUAAUGUGGUUAAGAGUAUAGUUGCAAAAAUAAUAAAAAAGACAACAAUGGAAUCUUUAAAUGAUAUUAAUUAA